GCCUGUCAUGGGUUCGCGUCGUUGGGAGGUGCAUUAAUGCUCUUUGAGCAAAAGAAUGCAAAACUGCUUCCAGUGCUACGCUACCUACAUGUCUCUUCUCUCCAUGCCUUUUUUUAAUGAUCAUCAUAGUAAAGGGGGAUUUUGUGUACCCCCCAUGUUGAGACCUGAAGGAGUCGAAGUGCAUGUGGUUGCUGACCAGCGGGAGGUGCGAAUGACAGCUGAACUUGAAUUCCACACCAGUGGUGCUAAAUAAUAACACCAAUUGCAUCUCAAAGUGAUCGAUCGAAGAAUGCCUCGGUUCAUUAUUUCAUGCCAGCGAACGCGUGCCUGUGAGCAGCGAAAAUUAUCUUCUAGAUGUAUUUGCAGCAAUGAUAAAUGCCUUGCAGGGGGGUGGGUGGCGUUAGGCGAAUAAUCCUUACUGAAUUCGAUUCAAGUCCCAAUCUUGAUAACUCAGUGUGGGUCCAAAGCUCAACUUGACAUGAAGUGAGUUUCUAUCGUACGCAACGAAGGGUCUGAACCCAUCUACACCCAUUUCUGGUCGCACGAAUGACCCAAGACUAGCAGUCUCGUUACCCAAACGCGAAAUGAUGAAGCGGGUGAUCGCUCCAAGGUAGUUUCACCUAUUCAUCUAGGUGAGGAAACAUCCAAGUUGUGCAAACGGAUGAAAACCACAAAAACAUCUCGCCAUGGACGUCGACUCAUGGUGCUUAUGAUAAAAUAAAGAGAUGAGAGGUCCAGCACGCCUAUGCGCAGCAUUUCCUCAUCAUUUUAUAUUUAUCGACUAAGCUGAUCAUUAUACCUUUUUUCUCCCCUUCCCCUCUCUUCUUCUUUUCUUCCCUUUUCACCGCUUAUUCGUUUUUACUAUGUGCUUAGGCAUUUACUCGAGGGCGGAUAUUACCGCUGGGGUAACAAUUAUAUAUUUCUCACUACGGUGCACGAUAAUGCCAACAAUAGCG